AUGAUUGACAUUAAUAUCAAUGACAUAUUUUUUAAAUCGUAUUCUGUAGACCCGAUUACAAAGCAAUCGAUCUAUGUUUUUGAUUCUACUUAUUUACCUUCGCCUGAAGAAGUUGGAGAUAAACAAGUAUAUGAUUUGCUGAUUAAUGAGUUAAUGGAUAGAUUGAUUACUAAAUUACCCGCAUCCCCUUAUUCCUUGGUUGUAUUCACUUCUGGGUUUUCACAAAAAAAAAUUAGUUGGGUAUAUGCUAUUAAGAUGUUCAAUAAGUUACCAAUUGAGGCACGUCAUUAUUUACAACAAACUUUUAUUGUCCAUGAAUCUUUUUUUAUUAGGACUGUUUAUCAAGUCCUAUCUAAUGCAAUGAGUAUGAAGUUUCUCCGAACCACCAAUCAAUCUAAUAAUACUGAAUCAAUUGAAUAUAGUAGCGAUAAUAGUACUUCAAAUAAUGAUCCCGUAAUAACACAUGUAGCGGAUUUAACACAACUAUCACAUCUUAUAGAUAUAACUAGAUUGCGUAUAUCAUUGAACGUUUACCUAUAUGAUUAUCAAAUUACUGAAUAUAUCGAUGUACCAAAAUCAUAUUUUGAAAGACUAACAGUAAAUUCUAAUAAGCAUUAUAAACAAUUAGUAUUUGAUAAAAUAUUUCAAAGAUUGAAAAAGGAAGGAAUGAAUACCGAAUUAAUUUUUCAGAAACCAGGCUCAUAUAAGAAAGUUAAUAUUCUUUUGGAUAUUAUUAAUAGAAAUAAUUAUAUUGAUCUUUCACAAUGGGAUAUUUAUUCACUAGCAACAAUAUUUUUACAUUUUCUAAAAAAUAAAAGUAAACCAUUGGUACCAAUAGAUUUAAUAAAGCUCCCAAUCUAUGACACUUUUAGUUAUACGUACAAGAUAUUUAUUGAUAUAAUCAAGUUUAACAAUUAUCAAGAUUUUUAUUUCUCCAUAUUCCCUCUUUUCCAGAAAAUCAUUAACAAUAAGGCUACGAGCAAAUUAGAUCCAAGAUUAUUAGCCAAGGCAUUAGCACCUACGCUCUGUAAAGAAAAAAUAUCGUUAGCAAAUUCGGACGUAUUAGCCAUUGGAGCAAGAUUUAUUAGAAAUUUGUUAAACCAUUAUGAUGAAGUUAAACUAGCAUAUGAUACAAAUAAAAUUCCAGACGAUACCCCACCAAGGAGAUCUAUUUCAGAAGUGGUUCAAUCUCCAACUCGAAAAUCAAGUUAUACCAAUCUUAAUGUUGUUAAUAGUUCAAGUAACAAUAUUACCACAAACGGUAAAUUAACGUUAAGAACAGUUUCUCAACCUCCAUUAUUACCCAAACCUCGUAAGAAUAUUAGCCCCAUUAGAAUUGAUUUAAGAAGUCGUAGCCCAAGUCCAAAUCGUGCUUCUAGUAAUGGUAGUAAAUCCCAUGAGAUUCAUUCGAUACGUAAUAGUAGUAACGGCAGUGUGGGUGAAAGUUCAAUACAAGCUACACUAACAUCAACACCAAUACAAUCACAAAAUCAAAACUCUAAUCAAAACCAAGACCAAUCAAAAAAAGAUAUCCCGGGGAGCACUUCAAAUGAAAAAAGAAAUAACUCACCUACUAGACCUCCUCCUCGUAAAAUCUCUAAUGAACAUGCUAUGCCUGCGGUACCAGUUUUAAAACCAAAAUCAUCAGCCUCAUCAUUAAUGCCAAGCUCCAAGAGUAUUUCUAGUGGCAGCACAUUAGGCUCUAAUAGCACAACAAAUAGUUCCGUAUCAGGCUCAAGUACCACUGCAAUUUCAAAACCUAAAACUGCAAAUAUCUAUGAUACAUAUGUUAACGAUGAUUCCAUGAUUCUAGGAGAUGAUCGGGAUGUAGAAGAAUUAGUCAUCAAUAGCCAAAAAUUAUCUUUAAUUGUAGACAAGAAUCAAGAAAAGAUUAUAUUAUUUGAUAAAGAGUUACAGAAAAAGAAGAAAAAAGAAGGGUCCAACAAGAGUGAGAUCCAAAACAAAUUCUCAACUGAUGGCUAUUCAGGAAUUAAAACCGGUAACAGGGUGAGCAAACUGGCGGCAUUAUAUGAAGAGAGAUUGAUGGGUAUCCAAGCUUUGAAUGAAAUGAAACGAAGUUAA